AUGGAAGUAGAUGCUGUUGCUCCCGAAGCUAUGGAAACCGAUAAGCCAUCUUGUGAAUCAUCUGCUGCUCCUGGUAGUGGAGUUAUGCCUCUCUCGACAAAAGCUGUCAAGUCGGAGGAUGAAUCUGAUCUUGGGGCCAUCUAUGAUGCUAGCUCCCUUCAAUCAGUGCUGCAGAACCUCCCUGGUGUUGACAUUCAAGAUGAAGAAGUUCGUAACGCCAUUGGUCUGCUAACUAAGCAAAAACUACCUGUUCCGAGUGGACCAAAGCCAGAAGAAGAUUCUGAGAAAAAAGACGGAGCUGAAUAA